GGUAUAAACGCUCAGUCGGAGACUCGGACACCGUCCGAUGAACUCCCUGAAGUUGAUACUUUUACAGUAAGGUGAGCGGUGGUAAGGGCCCAUCUCUUUCGGGUAUUGAAUAUUGACCUCCCAGGAUCUCUGUAUCAAUAUCAAGUUCUGCAUUAGAUAUAAGCGCACAUUGAUCUUGUAAGAGGCAACACAGAUACAAAAGUUGAUUCGAACCUCAUCAACAUCAACAGCCCAGUCAGUACCUCUCCGGCCUCAAGCUUAGCUUAAUCCGACAGAAAUGGCCUCCUCGUGUUUCAAGCUUCUCCCACAGGAGAUACUCGACAGUAUAAUUGAUUGCCUCUACGAUGACAAGCCAAGUUUGUCGCAAUGUACUUUGGUAUCACAGCGGUUUAUCGACAGAAGCAGGCAUCAUCUGUUUUUCAAGGUCACACUCGUGAAUGAGGGGGAUAGCACUUCGGAAUGCACCUUCGACACCAUUGCGUUCCUCUCAUUUCUUGCUGAGAUCCCUUCCAUUCGUCAUUAUAUCCAACGUAUCACCAUUCAUAACAGUAAUUUGGAUCCCGAUGCUCCUCCAGGGAAGCCUAUCCAAGUCUCCCACCUGAUUUCCAUCCUGGAGCUGUUGCCACAAUUGAUCAGGCUUUCCUUAUGUGAUGUUCGGUUGGCCUCAGACGAAUCAGCUGUUCAACGACUUCCUUCCCUGGCGGCGCGUUUCAAGUUAAAGCGGCUCUCUUUGACUGGUGUCGACGAUGAAUCAGAUAACUCACGAGAUUCGCUGCCAAUGGUCGACCUGCUGAGUCUUUUCUCGCAUAUCGAUAUGCUCUACGUCAGCGGAUUUUACAGUGACUGGGCGAAUCAUGUGAAGUUUGCUUCACUGUCUCAUUUGGCUCAGAAAGUAUCAGUCUCGUCUGUUGCUAUGAUCGCUCUACGAGACUUCACGGAGCUCGAGGAACUACUUGAAGCGACUGUGGAUACAUCCCACGUCUCACGUCUUACAGUCACAAAUUCCGCUCCAUACAACACUCCACGUAUCAAUUCGAUAUUGAAAUUAUUCAGCGAGGAAGCCCUUCGCGAAUUUGAGUUUGAUCUCAGAAACUUUAUUUGGCGGAGACGGCCCUGGGAUGUAUUAGAGCUGUCGAGGUUCAUCUUCACCCGCUCUGUGAACGUUCACGUGACCAUCAGUCGCUUCCCCUCCUCCAAUCGGUCUACCUGGGAAUACGUGACUUCCCUGAUGUCUGCAUUUCCGACUUCCUUCCUCGAAGACAUAUCUGUCCAUCUCCAUGUUGAUCUCUCUUCCGAACACCGCAUUCCGGAUUAUGGUGUCGUUGAGGGGGAAAUCUCAGUUCCGGACACUCUGAAGUUUCUGGAUUGGUCGACGUUCGCUACAAUAUUGGGAACUAUGCCCAAACUGCGGAAGGUCAUAUUCCAUAUGCAUUUUCACGGGUUUCCUGUUCCUUCAAACUAUACGGCAGUGAAGGUAUUUGAAGCGAGCCGGGUUAUUAUCGAGGACAGGCUAGCCAUAUAUCACAAAUGUGGAGUGCUACGUGUCAAAAGGGAACUCGGAAUUUGGACCACUUUCGACGCUUAAAGAGAGGAUGUCUUCGAAAUGCUAGCACAGUCGGGACGGGACUAUUGCAUGCUGCACUGGAUGUACAUACCGAAUUUCUGAUACCAGUAGGCCUAAACCAGACCGUAGGAACUCUCGGAAACCAGUUUUUAGCAUAAAUGUUGCGAUUAUGCCUUAAUAUCCCCAACGAGCGAAAGAUGGAGGAAUAUAUAAAGAUAGUCUAUACACAUUUAUGGACAGACAAAAAUCCCGUGACAAGAAUGUAAAAUCAUUUGAACGGCUUGAACACCAACAUAGCAGACCGCACGCUCUCAAUCUGCAUACCUGUUCGCAUCAGCCGCCACCCCUUCGACUCGUAACAACCCGCGAUCGUGAUACUUUGACAAUACAUCCUCGAGGGUAGCUCGGCAAUCCUCCAUUACCUCCAUCAUAAGGGCAUCAGUGGAGGCAUAGCAUCCGUCUACAUGCAGAACGAAACCGAGCUCUCUGAGGUUCGGCAUCUGAUCCAGACUCUCUCGGAACAUUUGCCAAUCCAUCAUCACUAGGGAGUCUCGAGUUGACGUUAUACACUGGUCCGACCCAAAGUCUGAGUGUGAUUGGUCAUUAUCGUCAUCGUUAUCGCCGUCGUUGUUGUCAUUAUCGUCGUCGUCAUUGUUAUUGUUGUCAUUGUUGUCGUCGUCAUUGUUGUCAUCGUUGUCGUUGCCAUUGUCGUUGUCGUUGUCGUUGUUGUCGCCGUCGUCGCCGCCGUCGUCGUCAUCAUCAUCAUCAUCAUCAUCAUCAUCAUCGUCGUCGUCGUCUUCGCUGUUGUUAUCGUCGUCGUUGUCAUGAUCGUUAUCGUCGUCGUCAUCAUCGUCCACAUCUAGCUGCAGCCUUCUGUCCAGAUUGUGCACCAAGGUAAUGUGAUCGUCAACAUCAUUAUCCCGCAAGGGUGGAGUGUAAACAACAUCAAAGUGCAUGCUUAGGCUUGAUAUAGUUUGAAGCGAAGCAGUGGAGAGCAGAUAGCAGGCGGAUUGGAACGAUGAAGGGCCCCAAUAUUGAUAAAUAAUGGUACGGAAGCUCAAGGACUGGACCGAGGGUAGCCACGACAAGCUCAGAUAGUCCCAAAAGUCUAUGUCAUCGU